AUGGCCGCCAACCUGCCCGACGACGUCGUCCUCCUCAUCCUCGAGCAGCUCGCCCACCCCGCGCACACGCCCGAGUCGUACCGCGACCGCCAGAACCCCCUGCGCAACGUGUGCCUCGCGUCCCGCCGGCUCCGUCACCUCGCGAGGCCGCUCCUGUGGCGCCAGGUCGCCGUCCGCUCGCCCCGACACCUCAACUGCCUCCCGGCGUCGCUGCUGGCCGUCGUACUCGGUCGUCACACGCGGUCCUACACGGUCGUCGGCUCGGUCAUCCUCGACCUCGCCGACGCUGUCGGCGUGUCGGACCUGUUGCCCGAGGUCGUCGACUUGCACCUCACGUCGGCGCCCCUCGUCAGUUUCAAACUGUGCUUGCUCGAGCCUUUUGCCCACCUGCGUCGUCUCCAUCUCGGACUCGCCCACCUGCCUCGCGACGCCCUCGCGACGUUGCCGGUCCUUGAGGAGCUCUGCGUUCGCCAAAUCUGGUGCACGACGCGCGAGCUACAUGCACAGCUGCUACCAGCACGUGUGCCUCGCCUGCGCGAGCUGCACCUCGUCCAGGUCAAGGACAUGACCUCGCCGACGACCGUCCAGCUCGCCGACGUCGUCCCGCCCGACCUCCUCCCGCAACUCGACCUCGUCCAGACCGACUCGGCGUCGAUCGACCCGACGAGCGACCUCGCGCAGAGCCUCGCGCCGCCCGUCCUCGUCUUUGGCCCUCCCGCCGCCGCCACCGGCCCGCCCCGACCGCUCCCGCGCCACUCGAUCUCGCAGCCCGCGCGCUUCAAGGACGCCCGCACCGCGACCGACACGCUCGCCAAGCUCGCCGCCUCGACCCGCCUCGUCCCGAUCCGCCACAUGCGCGACCCGCCGUACCUCGUCCUCCUCCCCCUCGCGCUCCGCACCCUUGCCGCCGCCGAGCCGAGCGUCGCGCCGCAUCUCGCGGCGCUCGAGGCGCUGUUCGCAGAGAAGCGCGUCGUCGUCGAGUGGACCGAGGACUUGCCCGAGGGCGAGCUCGUGUCGCCCGAGUUCCGGCGGCACGCGAGGGAGCUGCGGGCUGCGAGGGCGCUCGAGGGAGAGUGA